UCGUCGCUUCUUCUCCGUUCUCUCACUCUCUUAUCAAUGUAGUCCCACUUAAAUUUGAAUUACUUGCAAAAAAAGAUAAUACGUAAUAUUAACUAGUCUCAGUUCAGUGUAGGUAUCGACUCAACUUAGUGAUAGACGAAAGAUAAGCAGUUUCUCCGGUUUAAGUUGUCAAGUCAAGUUUUAAGUGCGGUGGUGAUACAAAUAAUGAGAAAAUGGAUAACGCUUUAAAAAAUAGCAAUCUUGCCAGAGGAGAACUGAAGUGCAGUUUAUGUGAUAAGAAGUACAAAUCGGUAGCGUCAUUAAAGAUUCAUAUGAAAAGUAGUCAUGAGAAUCGUGGAAAGUUUGUGUGUAACAGGUGCAAUAAUACUUUCGACUUCAAACACACAUUAAAGAUGCAAACAAACAAAUGUGUCAGUAGUCAGAAAGAAAACUCAAAAGGUAAUCGAAAAAUAAAAUGUAAGUUCUGCGCUAUGACUUUUGACAAACAGAAUCCUCUAACUCUCCAUAUGAAACGUCUACAUUACGACGCCGUGUAUAAGAUCAACUGUCCCAAAUGUGACAAAAAAUUUCCCAAUCAUGCUGGUUUAAGAGCACACAACAGUACCUGUCACAGUUCGAAGGAAAAAAUACGUUGCUCAAAUUGUCCAUUUACUUGUUUCAAAAAAUUUAACCUACAAACACAUUAACAGCAAGCAUUCAGAUAAAGGAACCAAGAAAGCGGAAGAGAAGGAGCAACUUUCACCUGCAGAAAUAAGUCUCGAAAACUACCGUCAAUAUAAAGCAAAUCCCGGUGAUAAAGUUGUGCCAUGUGUCAUAAUAAAAAGUGAAUACUAUUUGAAGUUGAUUAAACAACAGUUUCAAAAUCUUGAACUUGUUCGACUUGAGACGCCAGUUGUUUUUGAUGAAGUGAGUGGGCAACGUCAUAAGCCGGGGUGGGGCUAUAAGUCUGAGGAUAAGAACACAGAUAUUUCCUACGUCCAACUUACAGAAGAAGAACUGUUGACUUGUAAGAAAAUAUUCGGAUACAUAUGGCGAGAUGGGGUGACUUUCGAGAUCGUGGAUGUGUAUUUUGGCCUGCAUGAGGAGGAUUCCAUACUAGCAGCAGAACGAAAAUGGAAAGAAACCAUCCACAACAAAGAUAAAGGCUGUACUGAUAGGAUUCUGUUCAACAGCGGGUGUUUCUUCGAUUCAGAGGAGGCGUUUGAGGUCACAGGCAUGGUGGCAACAUCAAAGUGGGUCGCAGGGCAGCUCAAAUGGUUUACACGUAACGAAACUGGGUCUAUCUGUUCCGUCAAACCUAAGGAAUGCUACGGGUGGCUCGCUAAUUAUCAUGAACAACUCCGAGCCGCCUUACGGUCAGUUAAUCACCUUUGGCUUGGACCAGCCGUAACUGUCCAGUUAGACAACAAGGAGGAGCUAAUUAUGGCAAGACGAGAGUUGGAAAAAUGUAGGGACGAGAUGUAUAAGAUGGAAAUUGGGUUGAACGAUAAGCUUUCAAUCCUUACGGCGGAAAAUUCUAACCUGACGGUGCAGAACUCCAAUCAUAAAGCAGAGAAUUGCAAGUUACUACUGCGUUUGCAAUCGUGGAAGAAGAAGCAACAACAGGCCAGAAAUGUGAACCGAUUACUUCUGGUGCAGAGAGGGCGACAAAGUUCAAAUGCAGACGUUCCGUGCUUUUUGCCUGUGACUUUUAAGGUGGAUGAAGACGGAAACUUGAAGCAAGAAGGUGAACCCAACUUCGACAUAUGCAGGGAGGAAUCGGCGCAUGAUGAAGAUGAAGAGUCAAGCAGUGAUGACGACGACGGCGUCGAGUAUGCAAGAGUCCCUACAGUUUCAGAUCUCAUCAACGUUGUCACGAAAGUGCUUGACCGUUCAGAAUCCUCUACCGAAACUAGUCCUAAUGGUGCUAAUCCAAAUCAUGAGACUGACCCGUGUGAUGAAAAGACUGAACCUAACCGAAAAGUGUUCGUCGUAAAACUAUGUGAUUGAUUAUUUGUCGUUCUUAUAUAUUAUUAAAUGAACCUUUUUCGGUGCUGUUAUUACCUAAGUAUUAUAAAUUUAUGAACGUGUUGUCAUAAUAAAACAAGCAUUGAUUGAUUAGUUAUCUAUAA